AAAGUUGGCCGGGGCCUGCAACAUUGUUCGCGCGUGUGAGUCAGCUUCGUCAAAACUGACCCAGAUGGCGCCACGAGGAGAGUCUACUGUUCAUCGCCUACAUGACAACCAGCCAAAAGGAAAGCAGGGCAUGAGCUCUUACAACAAAUCGAGUCAACCUGGCGGGAACAUGCAGCAGUAUGUUAAUUGUCAGGGUUGUGGCAGACGUCAUCGAAAAGAUCAAUGUUCUGCAGCAAAAGUGGUGUGCUUCUCGUGUCAACAAGUCGGCCAUUUUGCAAAUAGGUGUCCGAAUGGGGGAUCUCAACAAGGUACGUCACACCCUCGCAAGAUGGCGCCACCACCUGCACCUCCGACGGGUACCCGACAACCGACAAUGCGGCCUGCACAACGCGGAACUUUUAUGCAACAGCAGUUGCACGCCGUCGAACAGGAAGAUUUUGAUGGCCAGUUGACAGGAGCCAACGGGUUCUUGGGAGAAGAUUACGUCACUCAUCAACUCACCUGCACAGAAGAAAAAAUGGACGAGUGGUAUGAAGAUAUGGCGGUUGAUGGAAAGGCAACUAUUCGUUUUAAACUUGACUCGGGCGCUACGUGUAAUGUGUUGCCAUAUGAAUUGUAUGCGAGUGUGUGCCCGAAUGGUGCUCCUUUGGAACCUGGUCCAAGAGUAAGAAACUACAGCGCAAACGGUGGUUAUCUGAAUGUUCUGGGCGUGUACAAGGGACAAGUGGUUCGUCGUGGAAUAGCCUAUGUGCUUCGAUUUGUGGUGGUUAAUGAACCUGGUCAACCAGCCAUCUUAGGGCUUCCGGCGUGCAAGUUAAUGAAGCUCAUCAAGCGCGUUCAUUCCGUCACCGUGUCGCCGCCACAACUACAGCCGCCAAUCGUGAAAGAGUUUGCAGACGUGUUCAACGGCAUUGGAAAGCUUCCAAUUGAACAUGAAAUACGCCUGGCAACUGGUCCUAAUCAUGUGGAUCCGGUGGUGUCGGCGGCGGGUCGUGUUCCGUUUAGUUUGGAGAAAAAAGUGUUCGACAAACUGGAUCAGAUGGUUGCUGACAACAUCAUUGCUCCAGUAGUCGAACCGACGGAGUGGGUGAGCAGAAUGCUGGUGGUUGGAAAACCUGAUGGAGACGUCCGUAUCUGUCUUGAUCCAUCUGACUUGAACAAGGCUAUACAGCGGCAACACUUCAUGGUGCCGACGGUGGAACAGCUGUUUGGAAAGAUUGGAAGAUAUCGUUUCCUGCGGCUCCCGUUUGGCCUCGUCUCGGCUCCCGAAGUUUACCUUCAGGCCAUGUCGGAACUGUUCGGCGAUUUACUCGGAGUGCUUAUUUACUUCGAUGACUUUUUGGUGAUGGGAGAAACAAUGGAAGAACUGGAGUGUAAUCUGCGCCGAGUGCUGAAUCUUCCCUGGUUGGGCCAUGUGAUCGGAAAUGGAUCUUUGAAGCCGGAUCCUGAAAAAGUGGAAGCUAUUGUGAAGAUGCCGGCCCCUACGGACAAGAAUGGCUUGAUACGCUUACUUGGAAUGGAUGCGGCAUGGGUGUGGGACGCGCAACAAGAACAAGCAUUGAAUGCCCUCAAGUCCGCCAUUUCCUCGUUGCCAGUUUUACGUUUGUUCAAUGUUUCCAAACCGUUGGUGGUCUCCGUGGAUGCUUCACCCAUCGGUAUUGGUGCAGUAUUAUUGCAAGAUGGCCAGCCGGUGGCUUUUUCGUCCACAUCGCUUACUGAGACUCAAAAACGUUACUGUCAAAUAGAAAAGGAGCUGUUGGCGGUUCAGUUUGGUUUGCUGAGAUUCCGGCCGUAUGUUUAUGGACAAAAAGUGACAGUUGAAUCGGACCACAAACCGCUUGUUGGUCUGCUGGAAAAGCCGAUAGCAACUUGCUCCCCAAGGAUCCAACGGAUGCGACUUCAACUGCAAAGAUUCGACUUUCGGCUUGUAUAUAAGCCCGGCAAGGAGCUUUUCAUCGCCGACACCUUGAGCCGUGCACCUUCGCCACGUUUGUUCACGGAUGACGUCACCCAGGAUAGUGAAGACCAAGUGCAUCAUGUGCUUCAUAGUCUCGUCACUUCCGUGUCCACACGGAAGCGUUAUGCCGAAGCCACGGCCUUGGAUCCAACUCUGCAACUUUUGAAAACGGUGAUUCAAAAAGGAUGGCCUGAGAAGCGUGCUCAGUGUCCGGCUGCAGUCAAACCGUAUUGGUCGGUGCGGAGCGAAUUGUCAAUGGUGGAAGGCAUUUUAUUGUGUGGCAGUCGUUUAGUGGUUCCAAUGUCCCUUCGUCGCGAGACCAUGGAGGGUAUACACGACGGUCAUUUCGGUGAAACGAAGUCUGUCUUACGCACGAAGUCAGCAGUGUACUGGCCCGGUUGGGAGGACCAAGUGAAAAAUAUGGUGGCCAGUUGUUCGGUUUGCCAAGAAAACCGUGGUCGAAACCCUAAGCUGCCGUUACAUCCCGUUCGGCUUCCGGAUUACGCCUUUCAGCUAGUGUCUGCUGAUUUGUUCGAGUUUGAGCGCGUGAACUAUAUUUUGCUGGUGGACGCAUACAGCAAAUGGCCGUGUGUUGUUCCCCUUAAGUCAACAACGUCGUCAGCCAUCAUUGAAGAGAUGUCACGAUUUUUCUGUGACUUUGGACGGCCAGAGGAGUUGGAGUCUGACAACGGGACUCAGUUUUCCAGUGCGGAGUUCCGUGAAUAUUGUGCAUCAUUGAACAUCAAGCAAGUGACGUCGAGUCCCGAGUUUGCCCAAUCCAACGGACUGGUUGAGCGACACAUCCAAACGGUAAAACGCACUUUACUGAAGAUGUUUGCUGAAGGAAAGUCCCUGUGGGAGGCGCUGGCAGCCAUUCGUUCGACCCCGGUGUCCGGCUCAUUACCGGCCCCGUCCGUGCUACUUCAAGGACGUAAUCUUCGUGGUGUGCUGCCUUUUCUCGACGCAUCCUUAUCGCCAAAGCUGGUGCCGGCGUCGUUUGUACGUCAAGAGUUGUCUCGUCGACAACAAACGGCGGCGUUUGUUCAACCCCGCCCAGUGAGUGUUCGGUCGUCUGCGUUGACUGUAGGACAACGUGUUCGUGCCUUGAUCAAAGGGACGUGGCAACUUGGUGUCGUAAAUGUGGUGUGCCCAGAACCACACUCUUAUAUCGUCCGCUUAUCUGAUGGGCGUAUGUUUCGUCGUACACGCUGGGCAAUCAACGUCGAUAACGCGAACAGACCGACAGCCGUUCAGCGGACCAUGCAACCUUCACGUCCGCAAUUUUCACGUGGCCCGAUUGUCGUUCCACCCACUCAGCCGCCGGCUUUGGUUCAGCAGAGUGGAAGUUCAACAGUGGCUGUCCAGUCACCGCCAGUCAGGGCCGGUCCAGUCGCUGGUGUCAAUACUCCGUCUGGACAGUCUUCCGUGUUCCAGUCGUCUGCUCAACAAGAGUCUACGCCGGGCCGUUCUGUUGAAGCGCCCAGCCGCCCUGUUCGAGAGAUUCCGGCCUCACCCGCUCGUUUAUUUGUUUCACGUAUUCCCGUUCGUGACCGGGUGGUUUGGUUGCCCCCUUCGGCCAGCAGUGGUCAACAUGCUCCUGUAGCCGCCCUUGGUGUUACCCGCUCGGGCCGACGCUACAUCAAACCUCUACCACCCUCUCAGUAAACGACGAAAGUCGACAGUCCAUCCUUCCGUCCGAUUUAUCUUCAUGUCAUUUCAGUUCAUUGUCGUUUCGUUAUUCAUCGUUCACUGCUCAUUGCUCAUCCGUUUAUUUUCAUCUCACCUAAUCAUUGUUCGUUCAUCUUCGUUCACAUCCUCAUUGUUCAUUCAUUUUGGUUUAUUUUCACAUUUGUCUUACAUUUUGAUUGCAUUCAUUUGUGUUCGGUAUGGGGGCUGUUGUUCGUAUAUGGUUAAAGGGGGGAGAUGUUGUAAAGUCUACCACUAGGUGGCCUCGCAUCGUCCUCUCUCAGGUCGAGUCCACCCAGACGGCACUGGAUAAUACACAGACGCACACAGACUA